AUGGGAACACUGUUAAACGCUCUGCUUUUUGCUGCCAUUGUGACAUCGGGCAAACUUCGCCAGGGAUCCGGUGUUUUGAUAGCGCAUUCCAUUUUCCUAGAGACCGUUCUCUGCGCUAUCGCGUUCCCGCUGAUUGUAGCCUCUACGUAUAGACCGCAAAAUUCCAUGACCUCCGUACCAAUGUGUCGCUUCACGAUGCUGGUGUUUUACGGGGUCAUGUGGACGGAGAACUGGGCCAGUGUGAUUAUCGGCAUCAACAGAUUUGUGGCCAUUUUCUUCCCGCAUGGCUACAACCUGAUCAGAAAAAAGCAGGCGACCACAAUGCCAUGGGGUGCUUGUGGAGCGCGACCAAUCAGUGCGGUAUACGGCAUCGUCACCAUUCUAACCACACCUUUGCCAGUGGCGACACUUGGCUUCCUGUAUGUGUCCAUAUUCAGCGCUAUAUUUAUUCGCAAUGCGAUGUCUCGUCGGAAAACCGAUCCUGGUGGAGCACCUGGUAAUAAAAAGCCCCACGGAAUCAUUCACAAACGGUUGAAAACAGCGCGGAUGAUGUUCACUUCGUACAUCUGGUUUUCCUUAUGCUACUUACCGGCACCCGUUGCGUCCAGUGUAGCGCCGGUGGCGUACAGUUCCAGCCCGCUGAUCUCGUUGUUUCUGAGGCUACUGUUACUCUGCGGCUACGCUACUAGUCCGAUUAUUUAUCUGAGUAUGAACGAGGAGUACCGAAGACGUGCAAAGAAAAUCCUCAUGAAGAUUGGCGGCAUUUGGAGUCCACAGCUGCGAAAGGAAUCCGAGCUCACCACAUUCAAAUCCGACAACAGAACGAAAGAAACCACGGCCAAUGCCAUUGAUUAGCCAACCCAAACCGAAGGUUGCAACCAUGGAAGACAAUAGACAUCAACGUGCACGAAAAUUACUGCGACAAUAAGAACGUUAAUGAUGUGCGCGAAGUUACUGUGCAUCCGAAAUUGGAUUUUCACCUAUUUUAAUGCA